ACAACCAGUAUUGCCAUUCACCCUUGGGGGAGGUUGUGGAAAAGAAAAAAACUUCCAUCAAUGGCUCUGCUUGACCGAACAUGGACAACGAACAUCAUUUCAGAUAACAAUUGGAAGCUGGCCAACCUUUUUGAAAUGAUAUCCCCGGACAUUAUUAUGAUGGCGGGUCGUAUUUGGGUGGUUUGCACCGGCUCGACCUGAGGUUUCAAUCAACCCGAUUGGGUUUAUGGCCAGAUCAUAAAAGAAUGAGACUUCCCGAUCCUCAUAUCGAAUCGUUCGUCGUUGGCAUUGCCCUCCUUCCCCUAAAUAAAAAAACCCGAAGUAUCAGAUUGUCUGGCCCGGUGGCAGGCUUUUUGUAUAUUGGAUAAUCAAUAUGAUCAUAUCAGCAGUCGCGACUUCUAGAGACGCUGUCAUUGACCAUUUAAAUCUAGUUCAGACCUCCUGAGAACUUCAUCCCCAGACCCCGAGAGCUUGCAACUCUUGAGCAGCCACAAUAACUGUCAACUCCGAUGAUCACUCUGCAGUAUUUUCAUGUACUGUACGACGUACUGUAGGUCCAUACCUGCCCAAGAAUACCUCAACGUGAGGCCGAGUUUUUGGCAACGUCUCAAGUUCUUCCACCCAAGUCAAGUGGGGGUUCUACGCGAGAACAAGACAAUUGUGAAACGAGAACAUCCACUGAGACACACAGACAUAGCCGACAAAACGACGAUCGAAGCAUGUCCAACUGACCUCGAUGGAGUGGUUUCAUUUGGUUCUAGCUGUGCUCAUUUACGCCAAAGUGGGAUACGUGGUCUACUACGCUCUGAAGUAUCUGAACCGACAGGAACAAGCUCACCUAUCCAAGAUAAAAUGAAGACUCCCAAGAGUGAAAAUGAGUUCACGCCAGAUUGGGCCAUGUUUGUCUUGGAAAGCUUCUUCAACGAGGAGGAAAUGAAGUUGACGGAUAUUGAAAUCGUUCAAGUCCAAGCCCAGAAGAAUGAGGUCCAAGGGAUCUUGAGUGAGACCUUUGUGGUGGAUGUGGAUUUCCGGCAUCAAGGCAAUGAGGAAUCUAAGAGCAUUUUCGUCAAGGUGCCACUCCACGGAGAGCCUUUGUACAAGGUGGUCAAUGAAAGGGAGAAGAUCAUGUUCCAAGAUGUCUUGCCCAAGCUCCAAGGGUUCCUGGACGACCAUUGUCAAGGCUUUUUUCGUCUGCCCAUGCCUCAAUUGAUUCACUGUCAAUAUGACGGACGAGGUGAGGAAGAUGUGUUUGUCAUGAACAAUCUCUUGAGUGAGGGAUACUACAACUUCAACACCUCCCAAUGUCUGGAUGAGGACCAUAUGAAGGCUGUCCUGGAUGGACUAUCCUAUCUCCAUGGCACAGGUCUGGCCUUCAAACAAUCUUGCGGUGGCCUUAAGGCUACCCAAUCCAAGCUUCCCGGUCUUGAGGUUCAGAUCCAGAUGUAUGAUCUGAUUGGGAGCUCCAAGAUGCGUGAUCAUUUCCGAAAACUCUUUCGGCCUUACCUUCAUUUCAUGGAGGAGGCUGAGCCCGGAUUAGCCAAACAAACGGCGUACAUGAAGCGUAUGCACAAGCACAUCCUCAAAGUGAUCGAGAACCUCGAGAACUGUGGCUUUGAUCGGUUGAUCACUUUGGCCCAUGGAGAUGCCAAGCCAAACAACUUCAUGUUUCGGAAGAUCGAGAUCGACAUAGAGGAUCUUGAGUGCGAAGGCAUUGAAUCGAUCCUGAUUGACUGGCAAGGAGGUUUCUUGGGCUCUGUCGCCAAUGACCUCAUGUGGGCUUUGUUUCCCUAUGUGGAACGCGACAAAACGUUAUACCUCAAGGCCAUGGAGUACUACUUUGAUCAGCUGCGGAAUGUCCUGGACUCGUUUGGCUACUCCUACCAAGACCUGGAUCUUCCGGACAAUUUCCAGGACUUUAGUUCACUCCUCAAGAAGUGCUUGGUCCUAGAGUUCCUUAUCGUGACUGUGAUCAAACCCAUCAUGUCGUUGGAAAACCCCGAUAAGUUGCAUAAAUGGCACAAGGAGACUCUGAAAAACACGAGACGAAGGUUCAAGAAAGGGGUCGUCAAGCCCAAUGAGAGUGAGGUGUUCUCCAGUUCCAGGUUUCCUGGCUUUUGUCGGCUCUACUUUAACAUUGCCACGGCUUUGGGAGCGUUCCAAGAGAUGGGCCAGAUCUAUUUCAAUGAGAUGAAGGAUUCCAUGUUUGAUCAAGACAAAUUGGAUAAUCACGAUAGUGACGAUGAGGACGACCAAGAUCUGUUCUCCAGGGUCAUCAAUGCCCCUCAACGGACCCUCAUCCGAGCUACGGCCGUCUUCACAUUGGUUACCAGUGUCAUUUUGGGAAUAUUUUUCGCUUGGAAGAAUCGGCUCCACACAAUUUUGUACUGAAAUAAACUGGCAAACUCCACCGAUUUCUCAUCGGAAAUGGCUCAUCCAUCAA